AUGGACGUAAUUGAGCUGAUCGAAAGGAGAAAAUUCAAGCAGUUACAUAAAAAUGUAAAGGGAAAAAAGCUAGAUAAUUUUUUUUUUUGUAUUUAUCGAUAUAAUAAUUUAUACAAAGGGAAGAAUGAAUAUCUAUUAAAAAUAUGGAAAGGGAUACUAAAUAAAACAAAAUAUGGCAACGCAUAUAAUGAUAUGUCAUUUGUCAAUUUUAAAUAUGUAUGUGACUUUUUCAUCAAUGAAUUAAACACAAAAAAAGAUUGUGAAAAAAAUGGCGUAUGUGGAAAAAAAUUGAAUGAUGAAAAGAAUGUACAUAUACCCAAAGUCUUUCUAAAACAAUUAAUUGACAUUAUAAAAGAUCAUGCAAAUAAAUUAAAUGACAUUUUGAAGGAUGAUCAAAAUUUAAAAACACACAACAACGGUAAUAAUGAAAAUCAAACAAAAAAUGAUGAGACAAGUUGUUCAGACGAAACAGAAGAGAUAUGGUGGAAUCAUAAUAAUUUAAUUGUUAUAAAUGAAAAUAGAGAAUUUGAUAUUCUUUUUAAUAUAACACACACACUUAUAUAUAAUUCCUAUAUUACAAAUAUCGUUGUAGAUAUAUUAAAAAUAUCAUAUAUAAAUAUAAAUGAAUGUUUUUUAAAAUAUAUCCUUUAUACUAUAUAUAAUGUAUAUAUGAAAAAUAAGGAUAUAUUGUUUUUUUAUUUUAUAAUUUAUAAAAAAUUUAAAAAAAUUAAAAAUAACAUUAUUAAUUCGAAGAGUUUAUUGAUUUAUUGGAAGGUUGUAAAAUAUAUAAGAAAAAAAAAACAAAUUCUAAAAGUAAUUCAAAGUUUUAAAAUUUUAAGACAUUUUUUUCUCAACAUAUGUGAUAAAAAUUUGAUAAACAACUUUGUAAAAUAUAUUUAUGAGUGUUUACAAAAUAGAUUAAUUAUAUUAUAUGGAAAAAAUUGGCAAAAUGAAUGUGUAUUCCUUCAAAAAAAAACAGAUCCAUCUAAUGAAAUAUACAACGAUUUUUCAGAAUUUUCAUAUUUUGUAUAUUUAUCUAUUCAUGAUUUGAAUCCAAAUGAUAAAUCUUUAUUUAAUUUCAAUUCAAAUCAAAUUAAAAAUAUUGCAAAAACAGAUCAAGUAGAUUCAUUAAACAUUUAUAUGAUUUUGAAUUAUAUUAAUAAUAGUAAUUUAGAUAAUUAUUCAAAGUUAAAAUAUUCUACUUGUAUUGUUUUAAAAAGUGUAUCAUCAAAUGGGUUUGUCAUGAUAAAUGAAAAUUAUAUUUUUUUUUCAAAUUUAGAAAAGCUUAUAAAUUAUGAAAUAAAUAAAAAUGUAAAAAUAAUAAAUAAUGACAUAGAUGAUGAUACCAAAGUUAUAUCAACUAAUUUUUCUGAAGGUGUAGAGAAUAACUUAAAUUUUCGUCAAAAUAUUUCUGAGUCUAUUAAAAAUGUUCUUAAAAAUAAUAAUUCUUUAAUAUGUGAGGAAAUAAAAAGGGAAAAUUUUUUACCUUUUCAAAGUGUGCUAAAAUAUAUUUAUAUUAUUUUUUACAAUACCAUAAACAAGAAAGGAGAUCCAUGGGUAAAUUGUUUUGACAAUAAAACUGAUAAUGAUGAGGUUGAAGAUAAUACGAAACCCAUUUACAACUACACAUAUUUUAGUGACGUUAAUUAUUCAAGUUUCAAAUUUUUAAACACACAAGAAAGUAAAAAUAAUUAUGUUAUGCUAAUUUCAUUACUUCUUCAUAUGAACAUUCUAAACAUAGACGAUAUAUGGAGUAUAAAAUUAUUAGAUAAUAUACAAAACAAUUAUUUUUUUAAUAUAUUAAAUUUUUUAAAACUAAAAAAAAAAUAUACUCUUUAUUUCUUAACCAUUUCACGAGUUUUAAAAGUAAAUCCUCAAUUUAUUGUUACUUUUUCAAAAUGUGAAAAGGCACAAGUUUUUGGAAAUCUUAAUAAUAAUGAAGAAACACAUUUUUUGAAAAAUUUUUAUGGAACUAUACAAAGUAAUAGUGAAAAUAAUUUAUAUUUUGAAGCAUUAGUAAACGAAAAAUAUAUAGAAAAUGUUUUAAAAAAAAGACAACAGAUUUAUGAUUACAGUAUUAGUGAAAGAAAUUUGAUAGACUCAAUUACUUUUUUAUUAAUUUCGUCUUUAACAAAAUACACAUAUAAAUUACCAUUAAAUAUAUCUAAAUAUAUUUUGAAAGAAAUUUUAAAAUAUUUAUCAAAACCAUUACAUGAUGUUAAAAAAAGAAUAAAUGAAUAUUUUAACAAUAUGUGUUUAAGAAUUAUAUUUUAUAUUUUCGAAUUAAUUUAUAUUAUAUCUUGUCAUAUUUAUUAUUCUAAUGAUAUAAAAAAAUUAGAAGACUAUAAUAAGCAAUUUUAUAUUUUUUCAUUUUUUUUCAACCUCAUAGAUGUUUAUAUAAAAUUUAUUGAAAAAUAUAAUCAAAAAAAUAAUACCUGUAUAUAUUCAUUUCUAAAUUAUAAAUUUUGUCAAUUCUUUUUCUUAUUUUUUGAUUUUAAAAUAUGCAACAACCAUGUCAAAUAUUCUAAUACAAUUUCAAAUUACAUAUUUGACGAGUUUACAGAUGUAUCUUCUCCAGCCUUUUCAAUACUACCCCCUUAUUUGUAUUCCUCUAUGGAAAACCAAACAAAUCAGGAACUAAAGGAAAUUGGAAUUCAAACAGAUAGUUUAGUAUUUAUAGAGGAUGUGACAUUAUUUAGUGAAUAUUAUAAUAAAUACAUAGAAUUGCAGAAAAAUAAGAAAAAUUCAAAUUAUAUUGAUGAAAAUGGUGAUAACGAUUUUGACGAGAUAUAUGCAAGUUAUACUAUAUCAAUUUUAUUUAAAUUUAUUAAAAAUAAUGAUCCCCAAAUUAUGUGCUAUUUAUAUACACUACUACUUUAUGUAAUCUCAAAGGUGCAUACAUCAGUUAGUUAUAGAUAUAGAGAACUUAAUUAUUUAAUUUUUUUACACAUCUUACCUUGGAAAGAAUCUCUUAAUUAUUCUAUAUUAGAUACCAAGUUAAGCUCAUUUUUUUUCCAAAAGUUUUAUGAAUGCGUUCAGAAUUUAUUACCCGAAAUUGUAGUUGAACAGUUCAGCCCUUUUUCAAAUGUAGAAGAAGAAAGAAAAAAAAUUUCUAAAACAUAUUUUGAAAUGAAUUAUGAAAAUGAUGAAAAGACAGAUGGUUUAUUGGAUAAUAUUUAUGAGGAAAAUCAAAAUGUAAAAAAUAACUUGAAAAAUGAAUACGCAUACAAUCGUAACAAAAAAGGUAUAAUAUCAAAUAUUAGUUUGAACAAAAUGACAAUUUAUGAACAAGUCAUAAAAAUAAAUAAAGCUGUAAUAAAUAUAUUUUUUUUAAAUAAUGAUACUGAAAAAAUGAUAGACCAUUUGAAAAUAUUACACACAAGUAAUAACCUAUUAAGAAAUUGUAUAUUAAUUACAAAUUUUAUUAAUAUAAAUUUUUUGAAAAAAGAAAUAAAAGAAAAAAAUGUGUUUGAAAUUCUUCAAAACAUAUUUGAUGAACAAGUAACUUCAUAUUAUAUAUCUAUAUUUCAAAAUCCGUUAAACUUUUUUUUAAAAUGCUCAAAAAAAUUAUGUGAAAUAUUAAUUAGAUAUAAUUUUAUGGAUAAUUUAAUAUUUUUUAUUUUUACAAAAUUAAAUAACUAUUUAUCAUUAAUACCACCAAAAAUAUCUCAAGAUGAUUAUUUGCCAUUGAAUGUAGAAGAUAUUAUAUCUUUACAAGAAACCUCGAUGGCUCAAUUUAUUAUUGAUAUAGAUCCAGAAAUAACAAAUGAUUGUUUGAAAAAUUCGAAGGAAUGUUCUUCAUUCGAUUCAAAACAAACUAAUUCACAAAAUGAAAAUACAGGACUAACAUUAGAACUUAAGAAAAAAAAAUUAAUUUUUUCAGAUUUGGGAUAUUUUUUAAAAAAAAUGAAUAUAAUAGCUAACACACUAAAUGUUACUACAUUAAAUGGGUUGUACGAAUCUGGAUUUAAUUCUAAAUCUGCAUUUUAUUUAGCUUUUUAUAUAAAUGAACAUAAUUUUACAAAUAUAUUUUAUUAUUUGAAUAAUAAUAUAAUGGCUAUAACAAAUGAAAAUUUUAAUUUAGAAGAUAAUAUAAAUUAUUAUGAACAUGUUCAUAUUAAAAAUACAACAUUUACAUUAAACCCUUAUAAUAUUUUAGAUAAAACUAUAUUUUAUUUUCAAAUAGUAAUAUUUUAUCUUAUUAUUAAUGCUAACAACAAAUUAAUAGAUACAUCAAAAUAUACAGAAACAAUAUGCACAUAUUUUACUAACUCUUUAGAACUUCAUUCAAAACCUUAUGUCAAUAAAUUUAUCAUUUCAAUAAUCCCGAUUUUAAUUCAGUAUUUUUAUUUUUUUCCGUCAUUAAUACCUAAUAUUGUUCCAAGUCUAACAAAACCAAACAAUUAUCAAAAGGACCUAUCAAAGCAUCUCACUAAUUUUCAAAAAAAAAUAACACGAAUACUCGAGAUAUCAUAUAAAUAUGGAUCUGAUAAGAAAGAACCAUGA